ACACCAACUGUUUGGUUUCAGUUAUUCGUCAGACUUUCCGGGGGAGUGUUGCAGCCGCUGACGACAUCAACGCAUUUCUCACACACGGCAGCCAGCUGCUUAUCCUUUGGUUUGUCUUUUUUUGCUUCGCGUUUUUCUAACCCGCUUUGAAUUAGUCUUAAACGAAUUACUAACCCAAUGGCAAAAUGCUGUCUUACGACCUCAAUGAACGCUUGCUGACUGCGGUUCAAAGUGGUGAUUUUGAGCAGGCUCUGGGAUGUAUAAUGCAAGGAGCCCAGGCCUCUUAUGUAUCGCCCACUUGCGGACGCACAGCCGUGGGCACAGCGGCCAUUCUGGGAGACGCAGAGCUCCUAGAGCUAUUGGUACAAUCCUGCGAGGAGCCCGAGUUGGAUGUCUUCCAUCAUUCUCACACGGAUAGUCUGGAGAUCGAGCGGACUCCCGAAGGUAUGGAGAAACUGGAGUGGGUGGAUGAGUUUGAAAAUUGUUCUGAAAAUGGAGGCGGAGGCGGUGGAGAAGACAGCCAGUUAUAUCAGUAUUACGCUAAAACCUUCGAGAAUACCGGAGAGUUUUUGUCCCAGUGCUGUGCUUCUUGUCGGGAACAGGAUCCCCACCAGUACGAUGCGGAGUUGGCUACACCCUUGCACUAUGCCGCCUAUUGGGGGCACGAGGAAUGUGUACGUAUACUGCUAGAGCAUAGUGCUCCCAUCAAUGUAGUCAACAGCGAGGGCUAUGCUCCUCUCCAUGUCGGAUCGGGUUUCGCUGGGGUCACCAAGCUGCUAAUAAAGCACGGAGCUUUGGUGAAUGCCAAAACACUGAGUGAUGGCAAGACAGCCCUACAUGUGGCGAUCGAGAACAAGUCUACUGAAUCCGCCAGGUUACUGCUCCAAACCAACAUCAACAUCAACGACACGGAUGAUGAGGGUGAAACUCCCUUAAUGACGGCUAUUGCUUGCAGUUUGAUGGAUCUGGCUAAGGACUUGGUAGAACGAGGUGCUCGCAUCAAUCUUCAGGAUAAGCAAAAUCACACGGCCUUGCAAUAUGCGGUUAGGGGUCGACAUGGCCAAAUGGCCAAGUUACUCUUGGAGCAAGGAGCUCGCCGACUGGCUUCUCAACAUCUUCUGCACAGCGCCGUGGAGUGCAACGACCGGGAAAUGGUGAAACUCUUGCUGCAAUACGGCGAAAGUUUGUCGGUCCGUGAUGGUGAUAACUUCACGCCCGUCAUGCUGGCCAUCCACCUGCAGCGCCCUGAAAUGCUGGAUUACCUUCUAACCGUAGCGGAGGAGCAUCGAAAAUUGGGUCUAUAUUCCGAUGUCCACGAUGAAGGUCUGAUCUUGUUCGCCGUGCAACAGAUCAUUUGUGUUAAGGAGUUUAGCAAAAUCAUUCGAGUAUUGCUCUCAAAAUUACCUAGCGCUCGUCAGGAUUUAUAUGGAUCCUGUGCUCCAACUAUUGUUUGUGGCUUGAUCUAUUGCCAAACUCCAUUGUCGAGGGCUAUCAACCUACAUCGCCUAGAGUUAGCUGAAUUCCUCAUCCACGAGGGCUGCAAUCUGGCACAAAUCUGCCGGGAGCAUGUGGUUAACGAGUUGAGAUCCAAUUGCUCCCCAGCAAGAUUGGCAUUUGCGAGAUUGCUUUGUAACGCUGGCUUCCAAUUUCCUCAUAAGCAUCGAGCUCUGCCCAACGAUUGGCAACCAGCCCGCAAGGAAUUCGAGCGGGAAAUGUCUUUGUUUGGUACUCAACCACGUUCCUUGCAAUCCCUUGCUCGUCUGGAGAUUCGUCAGAGUCUCCUAAAAUCCCUCCGAACGCGGCCUGAGAUGCAGCAAAAGUAUCUUCCUACGCAGGAACGCUCAUCGCUGGGCAGGAUCGUAGAUGAGUUUGCCAUACCCGCCACACUGAAGCUCUACCUCAGCGAAUUUUCCGAACUUCCCCAAGUGAGGGGAAUGGAACCGGUUCAGAUACCUCUUAUAAGAUGCACAGAAUCUUGGGAUUGAUUUCGCUUUAGGGAUUUAUUCAGAUUAUAUAGGUUUUAUAUGUAUGGAUAUAUGGUAUUUAGCAUAUUGGUUUUGUAUAUUGGCGACGAGUGUGUAGGAAGGUUGUGUAAAGUAUGUGUUAGGACUUUAUAAUACUUUCCAUAUUUCGGAAACACCAAAAAUGAUUAACACCUUCGUUACAC